AGGUAGUAAGGCGGAGCUGACUCGUGCACAAUCGGAAUGUCCAGGAAAUAUAUGCAAGAAAAAGGACGCCGCGGCUUGGAGCGGCCCCUGGAAGAUAGGUGCCACUCAUUGAAAGGAAACGCCAAAAGCGAAAUGCUCUUCUUCUCAGACAUCAAGACUGCAAGAGAUUAUCGAAUCAACAACGUUUUGUUGAAGAAACGCAUGCUCGAGGCCUUCUGCGCACUCAGGCAUGGCUCCACGGUCUUCAAGCAGACAUUGAGACAGAAGAGUUAUCGCCGCAUGCUCGGAUGCCCUAUGUAUCAUACUGUAAGAGCCGGGUUGCACUUCUGAAGCUCCGCCACUAAAACGAAGUAGAACUUGCAUUUUAUUUCAACCAUUUACCGGUUUUUCUGUUUCUACUCCCAAAAGCGCG